AUCAGGAUAAUGUUUUUAUCAUGUCUAAUCCGAAGUCAAAGUUUCCAGUGCUGCAGCUAGAUUUAAGAUUGAUAUCUGAUCUGGUUGUUGUCAUUGUUUCUGCAACUUGUGGUGGCAUUGCCUUCGCUUGUGCUGGACAACCGGUUAUCACUGGAUAUUUGCUGGCAGGAUCAAUUAUUGGACCUGGUGGUUUUAACAUUAUCAGUGAAAUGGUGCAGGUUGAAACAGUUGCUCAAUUUGGUGUUAUCUUUCUUCUUUUUGCGUUGGGCUUAGAGUUUUCCACUGCAAAGCUUCGCAUUGUUCGUGCUGUUGCAGUGUUAGGAGGGUCACUUCAGAUAAUUCUCUUCAUGUGUUUGUGUGGAAUAACAGCCUCGUUAUGCGGUGGGAAAGCAUCUGAGGGUGUUUUUGUGGGUGUCUUCUUGUCAAUGUCUUCAACAGCAGUGGUGUUGAAAUUUUUGAUGGAAAGAAAUAGUGUUAACACUCUCUAUGGGCAAGUCACAGUUGGAACCCUUAUUCUGCAGGAUUGUACAGUCGGUUUGCUAUUUGCGCUGCUUCCUAUUCUGGGUGGUACUUCUGGUGUUUUUCAAGGAAUGGCUUCCAUGGCAAAAGUAUUGGUGAUUUUGUUGAUGUUCUUGACCAUUUUGUCGAUACUAUGCCGCAGUUGCGUUCCUUGGUUUCUUAGAUUGAUGAUAGGCCUAUCAUCACAGACUAAUGAAUUGUACCAACUUGCAUCCGUGGCUUUCUGCUUGCUUGUUGCUGGGUGUAGCGAUAAGCUGGGUUUAAGUCUUGAACUGGGUUCUUUUGCUGCUGGAGUGAUGAUAUCAACUACUGAUCUGGCUCAGCAUACUCUUGAACAGGUUGAACCAAUCCGGAACUUCUUUGCUGCCCUUUUUCUAUCCAGCAUUGGCAUGCUUAUCCAUGUUCAUUUUCUCUGGAAUCAUAUCGAUAUUUUACUGGCAGCUGUUAUAUUGGUCGUCAUUAUCAAAACUAUUGUGGUUGCCGCAGUAGUCAAGGGUUUCGGUUACACCAAUAAAGCUGCACUUCUUGUUGGAAUGUCUCUGGCUCAAAUAGGGGAGUUUGCAUUUGUUCUUCUCAGUCGCGCUUCAAAUGUUCAUCUAAUUGAGGGUAAAGUGUAUAUGCUGCUUCUGGGCACAACUGCACUUAGCCUGGUUACAACACCGUUGCUUUUCAAGCUAACUCCUGCUGUUGUGCACCUUGGUGUUCUACUGAGAUGGUUUUCCCCUGAUAUACCAAAUGAGGUGCCCAAGAGUGCAAAGGCUGUUGACUGAUUGGACAAUUUAUCAUCAUGAAGCUCCUUUUAUGCGCCAAUCGGAUGGUUUUGUUUGAUAUAUCGGAAACUGGUCGCCACAUGCAGAGCGUGUAUAGAUCUAUCUGUAAACAAUAUUCUGGCACUUGUUUCCUGGUAUGGUGUUACUCCCCAAUGGACUACUCUGUACAACCUCGUCAUUUGUAAUGCAAUUGUUUAUAUUCUUUAAUCUCUAGUUUGAUUUUGUGGAAUUGGUGUCUUAAUCAGGUUUCUUAAAAUUUCAAGUUGACAAGUGUAAAUAGCUGAUAUACAUACUAUUAGAGUGUUAGCAAUGAAGUCAUGCAUUUUAUUGUAUACCACUGAUCCUAUGACCUCCAUUUGUUUCA